AUGGCCCAGCAGCGCCGUGUCCACCUCUGCACCCAGCGCCCCACCAGCACCGUCUGCGUGCUGGGCACCGAGCUCUCCCUUGAUGUCAUGGGGUCGGCGCCCAAAGAUGCCGUUGCCUUCCACGUGCAGGGGACGCCGGGCGUGAAGGUCUAUGUGGUGCACGAGACGCAGAGCGUGAAGCUGCCCUCCAGCGUCUGCCGCUGGCCCCUGGCCGCCAGCACCGAGGUGCUGCUGACCAUGGAGGCGCUCAGCAAGGAUGUCGGUGAUGAAAAGGUCAGGAUUUCCUAUUUUGGGGAGGCCAGCGGGGUGCCGGUGGGCAGAGCCAUGCUGUACCUCACCUGCGUGGACGUCUCACUGGAUGCCGACACCAGCCGCAGCGGGUCAGUGGGCAGGACGCUGAUGGACAAGGCCUCAUGGACGUGGGGUCCCGACGGGCACGGCGCCAUCCUGCUAGUGAACUGUGACCGCGACGACCCCAAGAGCCGGGUGAUGGAUAACCGCGACACCGCCGUGCGCUCCUACGAGGACCUGAAGGACAUGUCGCAGAUGGUGCUGCGGACGCGUGGUCCCCGCACCAUCUUCACCGGCCACCGCCUUGUCCUCCACGUGGAUUUCGGCGACGCUGACAAAGUCGGCGUUUUCUACGGCGGCAACAGCGUCUCGCUGGAGGAGUACAAGCACGUGCUGGGGGGUGAGAAGCUCGCCUACGCCGUGAAGCCCAGCCGGCACCAGGAGGAGAGCACCUUCUACGUGGAGGGGCUCUCCUUCCCCGACGCCAGCUUUUCAGGGCUGGUGUCCUUCCAUGUCACUCUGCUGGAGAGCCCCGAGAAGGGCUUGCUGGAAAUACCGAUCUUCACGGACACGGUGGUUUUCCGCGUGGCUCCUUGGAUCAUGACGCCCAACACGCUGGCGCCGCUGGAGGUCUUCGUGUGCAGUGUGGAGGACAACGAGGACUUUGUGGCAGCCGUCAGCGCCGUGGCUGAGGAAGCCAAGUGCCCUGUGACCAUCUGCCCGCUGCCAGAGAACCGCAACGACCGCUGGAUCCAGGAUGAGGUUGAAUUUGGCUAUGUGCAAGCCCCCCAUAAGACGUUCCCUGUGGUCUUCGACUCACCCCGUGACCUAGGGCUGAAGGAUUUCCCCGUCAAGAGCAUCCUGGGCCCUGAUUUUGGCUACGUGGCUCGGGACGUGCUGAAGGAUGCCUCCAGCCUCGACUCCUUCGGCAACCUGGAGGUCAGCCCGCCGGUGACGGUGGGGGGCAAGGAGUACCCGCUGGGCCGCAUCCUGAUCGGCAGCAGCUUCCCCAGGUUUGGUGGCCGGCGGAUGGCCAGGGCCGUGCGGGAUUUCCUCUUCGCACAGCGGGUGCAAGCACCCGUGGAGCUCUACUCCGACUGGCUCCACGUCGGGCACGUCGAUGAGUUCCUCAGCUUCAUCCCCGCUCCUGAUCGGAAGGGUUUUCGGCUGCUCCUGGCCAGCCCCAGCGCCUGCUACCAACUCUUCAAGGAGAAACAAGAGCAGGGUUUUGGGGAGGCAGCGAUGUUUCAGGGACUGCAGGCGGUGCCCAAGCCAACCAUCAAUGAGAUCCUGGCUAACGAAGUGCUCCGGAAAUUCAACAGCUACGUGCAGAACUGCAUCAGCUGGAACCGGGACAUCCUCAAGCGGGAGCUGGGGCUGGCCGAGCAGGACAUCAUCGACAUCCCCCAGCUCUUCCAAGGCAAUGAGCAAGCCCACGCCAACGCGUUUUUCCCUGACAUGGUGAACAUGCUGGUGCUGGGCAGGCACCUGGGCAUCCCCAAGCCCUUCGGGCCACUGGUGGCCGGGCAGUGCUGCCUGGAGGAGCGCAUGCGGGCGCUGCUCGAGCCCCUGGGGCUCUCCUGCACUUUCAUCAACGACUACUUCUCCUACCAUGCCCUCUCCGGAGAGGUCCACUGCGGCACCAACGUCCGCCGCAAGCCCUUCGCCUUCAAGUGGUGGCGCAUGGUGCUCUGA